AUAAGCGCCUGGCAGUGAGGGCUCAGUACACUUCUGCUUCUGACUCAGACUCAGAAAGAAGUCACCAUGGUGCUCUCCGCUGAAGACAAGGCCAACGUCAAGGCUGCCUGGGACAAGAUUGGCGGCCACGGUGCCGAGUAUGGCGCGGAGGCCCUGGAGAGGAUGUUCUCCAGCUUCCCCACCACCAAGACCUACUUCCCUCACUUCGAUGUGAGCCACGGCUCUGCCCAGGUCAAAGCCCAUGGCAAGAAGGUAGCGGAUGCUCUGGCCACUGCCGCGGGCCACCUAGAUGACCUGCCUACCGCCCUGUCCGUUCUGAGUGACCUGCACGCCCACAAGCUGCGUGUGGACCCCGUCAACUUCAAGCUUCUGGCACACUGCCUGCUGGUGACCCUGUCCGCCCACCACCCUGCUGAUUUCAACCCUGCUGUGCAUGCCUCCCUGGACAAGUUCCUUGCAGCUGUGGCCACCGUGCUGACCUCCAAAUACCGUUAAGCUGGAGCCUGGGGGCCCCGCCCCCUUUCCGCCUUGCCUUGGGCCAGGCGUUCUUCCCCUCCUCGCACCUGCACCUCUUGGUCUUAAAUAAAGUCUGAGUGGGCGGAAA